AUGUUCUCUAAUAAUAAGAAAACCUCUAAUAUUCUUCAGAGUCCAGGGAAUGAGGUAACUCCGUUAAUAAAUAACAACAAUCCUGAUCAAUCACAACAACACCACCACCACCACCAUAAAACAAAAAUAAAUAUUGUGAGAAACAAAACUUUUAAUAAGACUAUUCGUUAUUUUUUAUUGUCUUUGUUGUUAUUAUUUGUUAUUACAGAAUUAUGUCUUUUCCCCAGCAAUAAAGAUCCUGUUGAUGGAAACCAGAAACAUUCUUCUCUAAUUCGUUGGAUUUUGUUUAAAUUGGGUUUAGUCCAUUCGGGGCAAAGCUCUAGAAAGAAAAAUCUAAUUUUUUUCGUCACCGAUGGUAUGGGACCAGCAUCCAUUUCAAUGGCGAGAUCAUGGAAGCAAUUAACUGACUUUAAUAACAGUACUAGAGAUGUUUUAUUGUCUCUUGAAUCACCAUUAAAUUUAGAUCAGUAUUUUAUUGGUUCGUCGCGUACCAAAUCGUCUUCCUCUUUAAUUACGGACAGUGCAGCUGGUGCAACUGCAUUUUCUUGCGCUUUAAAAUCCUAUAACGGCGCUAUCGGGGUUGAUUCUCACUUUAAUCCAUGUGGAACAAUCUUAGAAGCUGCCAAAUUAGAUGGAUAUUUAACUGGGUUGGUUGUGACCACUAGAAUUACUGAUGCUACGCCUGCUGCCUUUUCGAGUCAUGUGGAUUAUAGAUUUCAGGAGGAUCUAAUUGCCACCCAGCAGUUGGGAGAAUAUCCAUUGGGUAGAAUGGUUGAUUUAAUGAUUGGUGGUGGCAGGUUACAUUUUACUGAAAAGGGUAGAAAGGAUGGGGUAAAUUAUUUAGAGAAAGCUUCUGAAGAAUUGGGUUGGUCUACUGUUAUUCAAACACGCAAAGAAUUUGACUUAUUGUUACACAACAAUAGUAAUAGCAAUUCAACUUUACCACUCUUGGCUUUAUUGGCUGAUAGUGAUAUUCCCUUUGAUAUUGAUAGAGAUUCUGAAAUACAUCCAUCUUUGGAGGACGAGGCAAUGUUAGCAAUUAAAGAAUUGUCACAUAAUAGUGAAAAGGGUUUCUUCUUAUUGAUUGAAGGUAGUAGGAUUGAUCAUGCUGGUCAUCAAAAUGACCCUGCUGCCCAAGUUCGCGAGGUUGUUGCGUUUGAUAAAAUGUUUCAAAGUGUCGUUAACUGGGCUAAACAACAUACAGAUGAAGACACCAUUUUAAUUUCCACAAGUGACCAUGAAACUGGUGGGUUAGUAACCGCCAGACAAGUUACUCCUAAUUAUCCUGAUUAUAUUUGGUAUCCUGAAAUAUUAACCAAUUGCAAGCAUAGUGGAGAAUUCAUGGUUAAACAACUCGCAAAAAUGGCUACUUCAAUUGGCAAGGAUGUCCAAAAAUUAGAAAAUUAUAUCAAGGAAACAAUUUUCCAAAAUUGGAUGGGAAUUACCGAUUACACAGUAAAAGAUGUCCAAGAUGUUUUAGAUAAUAUAAACAAUCUGGGUGCAUUGACAGAUAAACUAAAUGGGAUGGUUUCUGUAAGAGCUCAGAUUGGUUGGACUACACAUGGGCAUAGCGCAGUUGAUGUUAAUAUUUAUGCAUUUGCAAAUAAUGAAGUGUUACAAAAACAAGUGUUAAAUAAACUCCAAGGUAAUCAUGAAAAUAUUGAAAUAGGUAAAUUUAUGGAAGAUUAUUUGGAAGUUAAUUUAACUAGCGUUACUGAUUUGGUUAAAGACACUAAACAUCAUCCAGAUUUAGCAUCUACUACUGAGCUUAAUGAAAGUAUUAGAUAUGAUGAAUAUGGACAUGCACAAUGGUGA